CGAGGCUCCGCCCCCUCGCUUCAGAGACAAGCAGCGCCUGCCGCAGCACCGCGCCUUCGCGUCCAGCCCGCACGACUACGACAUGCGAGUGGACGACUUCCUGCGGCGCACGCAAGCGGUGGUGAGCAGCCGGCGUGAGCGCGAGCGGCAGCGGGAGAGAGAGCGCGGCGGGCCGCGGCGCGACCGCGAGCGAGAGCGGGCGAGGGACAGAGACAGGGAGAGAGAGAGGGACAAGGAGAGGGGGCGGUACCGCAGGUGAUCGCUUGGAACUGAGCGCUCUUAUUUUGACAGUCUGACUUCCCCUUCAUUUUCAAAUUAUGUAUAAAUAGCUGCAGGAUGACAUCAUCAGUGUUCACGUCUGUUUCUUCAAUAAAGUUUCUUUGGUCAAACUUUUACUUUGAAAGUCUGUAAAAACUUUUUUAUGGUGACUUCAUUUCCCAGAAUGCUCUGUCAGUCUGUAGGCUGGGGGCCAACAGAGGGGCGGGGCCUUCCUAGACACAAACAAUACUGGUUUUAUUGUGAAAGGUUGGAUGUUUCCUGUUGGAUCCUUCAUAUUAAAAGUUUUUUAAUGUUCCACAUGAAGCCUGCCUGUUUUGUCACUUCCUGUUUGAUUUCCUGCUGUCUGAUUGGUUGUCGUCUUGCUGAUUGGAGAGUCAGAGGGGGCGGAGCCUGAGACUCCUUCCUGCUGGAUGAUCCGGAUCAGAACCGCCUCAGCGAAGUUCGGUCCAGAACUUUAGACCCGGCAGAAUCGGAACAUCCGACCCACAUUCAGUGGGGACUCAGAACCUUGAAGCGGGUCCAAAUGCAAGUUUCAGACCAGAAAGGGCUUCGACCUGGUGACCCAGAGUUCUUUUGGACCCGGUUCAAUAACCAGACCUGCUGGAGUCAGGGCAAUGUGACUCAAUCUCAAGAUAAAUCAGAACCAGCAGUUUGGACCCGGUUCUUUUAUUGCUGGUCAGAAGAAACGUGAAACCAUCUAAACCUUUUGGACUUUAGAAAAGCUGGACCAGGUCCGAGGUCCAGAACCCCAGCGGUUCUUAAAGGUAGAACCCAGCCUGGGUCAGAGGUCGCGUUUCUGAACGACCCUCCUGGAACUGGAUGACCGGGAUCGACCGGUUCCGUUUCGGAUCCGGAACCUGGAUUUAAGUGGUUCCUUUAGGUUAAAACUGCAACCAGCAGGUUCUGUUCGGUUCGGAACCCAGAUCCUGCUGCAGGUUCUUUGUUAGUGACGUCAUCGCGGCCCGGUUCGCAGCUCAGAUUCUGGUACGGUCAGCAUCAUUCAGAACCAGCCGGGUCUUUUGCUUUGAAGGGACCGGAAAGGGCUCCGAAGGUUACAGCAACUUCCGGUUUCUCUGGAGCCGCAGGUCCACGUCAGGGUGAAGUAGCGCCGACACCGACACGCCGGAGCGGGACCGAACCGAACCGAACCGCGGCACCAUGGCGGACGAGGCCACGCGCAGAGCCGUGUCACAGAUCCCGCUCCUGAAGACGCACGCGGGCCCGCGGGAGCGCGCGCUGUGGCCGCAGCGGCUGAAGGAGGAGUACCAGGCUCUGAUCCGGUUCGUGGAGCAGAACAAGGCUGCCGACAACGACUGGUUCCGGCUGGAGUCCAACCCGGACGGCACGCGCUGGACCGGGACCUGCUGGUUCGUACACGAGCUACUGCGCUACGAGUUUCGCGUGGAGUUCGACAUCCCGGUGACGUACCCGGAAACAGCGCCGGAAGUGGCGGUUCCGGAGCUGGACGGGAAGACCGCCAAGAUGUUCCGAGGCGGGAAGAUCUGCCUGACCGAACACUUCGCCCCGCUGUGGGCGCGCAACGUGCCGCGCUUCGGGCUCGCGCACCUGAUGGCGCUCGGGCUCGCGCCUUGGCUGGCCGUGGAAAUCCCGGACCUGAUCAGCAAAGGUCACGUGGUCCACAAGGAGAAGCCGCGUGAUGUGGCGGAGUGACGUCAGAGCGGUGACAUGGACAGGGUUCCGGUUCUGGAACUGUCAGCAGAAACAACACUUCCGGUUCUGCUGUGAGAAUGUGAUUGCACAGAAAAUAAAGUUCUGGUUCCGAGUGUC